UGUAAUAGUAUCGAUUUACGACAUACGUUCAUUUUUUUCUUUGUCAUAUUUCUAUGACGCUCUGCCUAUAAGUUAAGAACGUAGGUCGUAGCUCGUAACGUUAUAUAUUUGUUAUACAAAUUAUGGCUCGGUUCAACUAUUGAUUUUUGUUAGUAUUUUGUAUAAACUACCAUUACAUUGUUGUAAUAAAUUUUUACAUGUUAGAAUAUGAAAAAACUGGUAAAAUUAAUUAACAAAAUAUACUCAGGGCUUUUGUGAAUUUUAUAAUGAACUGUUUUUUAAUUCAUUGACCUCUCUUCUUUAAACAUUGUAUUUUAUUAAAUAUUUGAAGUUUUGGCAACAUUAUAAACAAUUAUGGCUGCAUCACAACAAUUCUGUGUUCGUUGGAACAGUCAUUUAGGAAGUCUGGGUGCAGCUUUUCCUCAGCUUUUGGCUGGUGGUCGGUUUGUCGAUUGUACAUUAGCAUGUGAAGGACGUCAACUAACUUGUCAUAGGUUAGUUUUGGCCGCUUGUUCUGGAUUUUUUGAAAGUCUACUGGGAGAAAAUCCUUGCCAGCAUCCAAUUAUAAUUUUGAAAGAUGUUAGGUUUUGGGAAUUACAAGCGUUGGUUGAUUUCAUGUAUAAGGGGGAAGUAAAUGUUACACAAGAAGGGCUACAAGAUCUUUUAAAAUGUGCAGAGACACUGCAGAUAAGAGGUCUAUCUGGUGCAGAUUCAGCACUCAAAAAUCUUUCUGACACUGCAACGAAAUCUGAUGAAGAUUGCAGUACAAGUAAUACUAACCAUCACUUGAAUAAUGUUGUGAAAGAAGAAACAGUACCCUAUCAAGAAGAGCAAGAAUCCACAUCCCUGAAUACUGAUGCUAAAACAAAUACUUCUGAAUUACAAGAUCCUUUGAACGAUACCAAUAAUUUUUUCUGAAAUGGACUCCCCUGAUAGCAGAUACAGCAAUGGUGCAAACGAUGAUGACUUGGUUAUGAACGUUAAAAGUGAAAUUUCUAUUGAAGACAGUAUGAACAAAUCACAGUCUG